UUCGGUAGGUAGGUACCUAUUAUAAACUUUGUUUGAUGGCGAUUUUACUCAUUUUACUUUUCGUGGAUUUUUUUAAUGCGUCGAGUUUGGUGUAAUUUACAAAGUCAUAUAGUGAAAAUGGCAAAUCUUCCACCACGUAAAGUGUCUUCCUCGAGUAAAGCAAAACAAGAUGCUUCACCUCUUCAAAUUCUUUUGCAAAUGGGAUUUCCGAGACACCGGGCAUUAAAAGCACUGUCUGCGACAGGCAACCGCAGUGUCCAAUUGGCGUCUGAUUGGCUUCUGACUCAUGUGAAUGAUGCCUAUAUUGAUUCGGAUGAACCAAGGGAAUACAUCUUCUAUGCCAGUCCUACUGGACCCUUGUUGAGCCAGCUCCUGGAGUUCUGGGACAAAUCUAAAGAAAUCUCCGGUUGGAAUGGAGCACACAAUUUCCCGCCUCAUAUUACUCUUGUUUCAUUCUUUAAGGCUCCAGAUGAAACUUCCUUGCAACUAGGAAAAGCAGUAAAACAUGUUGUGGAGAAGGUGGGAGAUCCUCCAAACUGUCCCCUAAAACUAGAGCCCUAUGUGUCACAUAACUUUAUGGCACUGUUUGUGUCGGAAGAACAUGCAGAUUACUUGAAAAGAAUAGCUGUACAGUAUGUUAAACAAGUCUCCUCAGUGCUGGGUGUUAUGGUGGAUACAUAUGAACAUCUGGAUGCAUUGGGAACUUGUUUCCCAUGGUGCACCAUGCCUCAAGAGAAGCCUAUCAAAUCGAUAAACUUGGAAGCACAUGUGAAGUCCUUGCAUAUAACAUUGGCGUACCAUUUUGAUGUGGCCGCGUAUGAUGCUCUGAAAGCAUUGGUGGAUGGCAUGCAACCUUCGGACCACUCCAGCUGGGAACUGAGGCUGUACUCCAGAGAUCCAAGAUUUGCUAACCACCAGGUUCAUAAAGUGACUCAAGGUUACGCGCCUAAAGCGAGCGAUGAGCUUGAACUAGUACUUGGCGACUAUAUUUAUAUCGAAGAAAAGGAAUUCGCUAAUACGUCUGACGGCUGGGUGCAUGGUACAUCCUGGCUUACAGGCGUCAGUGGUUAUUUGCCGGCCGUGUUCACUCGACGCACAGCGGAGUCUGAUGCUUGGACACUCCAUCGAGCAAUAUCACUUGGAAACAGUUCAGAUUGUAAGUCCGAAUCUGAUUCUAAUACGGACGGCGAAAUGGCGAGUAGUUAUCCUCAUGAAGACGCUGCCCAGUUGGGUCAUGAGAAGUCUGAGCAGACAUAUGAAGAAUGGGGCAAGUAUUGGACUGCUGUCGAAACCAAUAAGAGUGAUGGGAUAAUGGACGUACCGCAGAAUGUUUCCAUUGAUUGGAAGAGUAAUAGCAGCAAGUUUGGAACAGAUUCGUAUGUUAAUAAAACUGACGAGAAACAUCGUCGCUGGCUGUUCGCGAUGCGCCAUGGCGAGCGAGUGGACCUUACGUACGGACAAUGGGUGCCUUUCUGUUUCGACCAAAACGGCACUUACACCAGGAAGGAUUUGAACUUACCCCUGAAGCUGGGGGAGAGGGCUGGUGGUGCGGAUUCUUACAUGAAAGAUACUCCUUUGACGCGAGUAGGUCGUUUCCAAGCGCAGCUGGUGGGCGAAGGCCUGCGAAUGGCUGGCAUACCCAUCAAGCACGUAUACGCAUCGGCUGCACUGCGAUGCGUUGAAACUGCGCACGCUUUCCUUGAAGGCCUUCAAGCUGAUCCUUCAGUGAAAAUCAGGGUGGACCCUGGUCUCUUUGAGUAUAAGAUGUGGCACAUGGCUAAGGGAAUGGCACCUUUUAUGACUCCCAUGGAGAUGUACAAAGCAGGCCUGAACGUCGACCUGAGCUACAAGCCGUACGUCGACUUGGAUGUGAACACCACUGAGACCAUCGAGGAGUUCUACAAGCGAACUGAGAAGGUUAUGCAGUCCGCUGUUCGAGACACAGAAAAAUCCGGUGGCAACAUCAUAUUCGUGGGACACGCGGCAACACUGGACUUAAUGGCAGUCUCGCUUAAACUCCUCGAUGAGAAAAGAACUGACCACAAGCCCUACAAAAUCCAUGAAAAUCUUCUGAGAGUGCCGUACUGUGCCCUCGGAGCGAUGAAGGACAACCCUUGGGAGGUCGUCUGCCCUCCUUGCCCUCCUUCCAUCAACUCAAGCUCAGGAAGGUUCAACUGGAAGAUGCUUUUAGACGUUUAAGGAUAAAAUGUAAAGCUUGUGAUACCUAUAAUUAAUAUUAUUGUGAUUUAGGAAUUGCAUUUUAUCUACACCUAGUUAAUAUGUUUGCUCUGGAAAUUGUGUGGUAUUUUUGAAUUCAUAAAACGUUUUUUUCAAUCGGAUGUAAGGCUUUUUAGGAUAGAAUGUACUCUAUGGCGUACCAUAAGUUUUGUAGGUUAUUUUUCCAAAGCCAACAUGUUAAUUUUAAUUUAAAUAUGCCUAUGGGAUUAGCAAAGAUUUUUUAAAAUGUGUUAUAAUUGUAACGGUUUAGAAAGGAAUCUUUUAUAAAUUGAUUUUUAACGAAUUACAGAUUGAUUGUUUUAAAAUAUCUUAUUACAAAACCACAAUUAUGUCUCGUAGGUAUGUUUUAAAACUUUUAUUUUUAAGAUUUUAUUAAUGUUUUAAUUUAUGUCGUAUUAAGUAUACUUUGUUGAGAGUAACGUUUUAUUUUUUACCUUACCACUAUUACCUGAGGCAUUUGUACAAGUAGGAGAACGCGGUCGGCACUCUGAUUGGCCGGCUCCAAUGAACCGACCAAUCUGAGCGCGCAUCGCGAUCGGGUUUCGAUUACAUACUUUAAACGUAGAACUUACUUGUACUAAGCCCUCAGUACUCACAUAUACAUACCUAAUACCUACAUAACAUAUUUGUAUUAUUAAGAUAUAUAAAAAAUAAGAUAAUGUGAUGCCUCCUCAGAUAAAUAACAGAACUACUUAUAAGUGUAAUUUAAAUUGAAAUUAAUAUUUUAUUCUUCAAACUGCCAUAGAAAACUUGACCUUAACGCUAACAAAAUAACGUGGUUAUUCCUUAUUAGAGUUUUAUAAUCUUUGUACAAUACGUGUAUGGUUCCUUGAAAAUUGUUUGUUUAUUAUUUGCUUGUCUUUACCAGUUUUUAUUGUCAUUGAUUUCAUAGAAUCCAAUUGGGGGGUUGUGACUUAAGUUGAAGAAGUUACGAGCUACAAAAGGAUUUUAAAAAUAUAAGUAUACAAGUGAGAUAGUAUUUUACGCUUGAUUUGUGUAAUAUGUAGUAAAAUAAUCUAAUCAUAACCAUUAUGUGAGCAAAGGCAUAUAUAAUAUAAUAUAAUAUAAAAAAUACGGGUAAUGUAAUUUGUUCCCGUAGCUUACUGAAGUCGACGGUAUAAACAAGAAUAUAAACUAGUGUAGAUUUUUUAGUUUUUGAGCGCCAUUAUAUCAAAAUAAUUAUUGACUUCUAAAUCCCCGAGAAGAGACCGGCGUCUUCUCUCAUUCAUUCUAUUAUAGACCUUAUUUUCGGAUGCUUAGAAACCAAUUUUGUAUAAACGAAUUGGGUUAUUAAACAUGAACAAAUACGCUAAUGCCACAUUUAUUUUAUGAAAAAAUAUGACUACUUUGCAUCACAUCAUUCACUUGACCUGUAGUUAUGGUGAAACAUGUAUGCUCUGGCGUUCAAGAAUCUUUAAGUCCAGAGUUCAUUUUAUAUUGGUUUAUAUAUUUGUCUAUGCUGUCGUCUAUACAAACAUAUUCCGUGUACUUAUGUACUUCGUUGGUACCUGUGUAUUUUAGUAAAGUUUACUUUGUAUGCCUUAUUAGACUGAUUAGAUGUAUGUUCAUUACAGUCGUAUUAAUGUUUGUCAUAUUUGUACCUGCAUCAAAAUGGGUAAAAUAAAACGUAUAUAAAAAAA